AUGAAGUUCACAAUGAUCACCCUUGCCCUCACAGCCCUAACCGGCUCAACUCUCGCCCAAUUCGGCGGAGCCCUCUCGGAGCUCGCCCUGGCCCAAGAACUAGGACUGACCGGCCAGAGCGCCGAAUCUCCCGCCUUCAAGGCCCCAGUCCUCGCCUCAUCCACCCCAGUCUCGACCCCAACCGCCGCGCCCUCAUUCCCGGCUUUCUACAACUCCGCCGCGGCGUCGUCCACGCCCAUGCCUACUUUCCGCCGCGUCAAGCGCACCGUGCUUGCUUCUCACGCGGCUGCUUCCUCGGCGGCGGUGGCUUCUUCUGCUGUGGCUUCUUCGCCUGCGACUCCUACUCCUAGUUCCGGUGCUGGUGUCAUGGCGAGAUUGGAGAAGCUUUUGUACUAG